UCAAUAUGGAGGUUAAUAGGGAAUAAUUUCAUAUUUAUCAUUUUAUGUAACUUAAACAAACGCGGCAUCGUAAACUGAAAUUAUAUUAAGUGCAUAACAAUGUCUUAAAGUAUUUAUAGACUGCGUAGAAACAUCUGCAUUUACACUAUUUAUCGUAACUGGAAACAUUAUGAGGAAACGCUGCAGAUUGAAGUACAUGGUGAUGUUGCUUGGUGUUGUUGGAAUCAUUGUCCUCUUUGAAAUCCUCCAGAAGUGGAGGUUAGAAGUGAUUGACCAACAACUAAACGUGGUACUGUCUGGCCGGAAGGAGCAAAGUGAAACAGCCUUGCAGGGUAUACAAGCCGAUAGGUUGAGACUAAUAAAGAAGGUGUUGAAAACUAAUUACUUGGAUUCUACUAAGGAAUAUGUAUUUGUACAAAAUAUAUUGUCACGCUCAAUGUCAGGAAAUGGAUCUCAUGUUUUGACAAUCUGCAUGCAUGCUACGGCCAAUCAUUUGCAUUAUCUGACAGAUCUGAUGGCUGUAUGGACGGGACCAGUUUCUGUGACAGUGUUCACUCAUCAUGGGCAAGAUAUAACGGAUUUGUUGGAGAAUUUGCUGUAUUACAAACACUGUUUUGAAAAUAUAUCUAAGUUUGUUUCAUUUCAUAUUGCAUAUCCAGUGUCUAUUUCUAUUGAAGUAAAACCUUCAAAUGUCUGGAAUUUUGAAUGUGAAAUGGAACCUGAGCAUUUGAUACGAAAUGAUAGCAGUAACUUUAAAAGUAAGGUUCCCUACCCUCAUAACGUGCUUAGAAACAUUGCUAUAACAUUUGCGAAAACGCCUUAUAUUUUGUCAUUAGAUAUUGAUAUGAUACCUUCUGUAAACCUGCAUUCACAGUUUGAACAGUUUGUUAAACGACGCCAGAGUUUGCUUUCGGAUAUGUCAUCCAAGGUGGCUUUUGUUUUACCUGCCUUUGAGUCUUCAGCACCCGUGUCUGUGUUUAAUAAAGGUAAACUUUUGGAUCACUGGAAAAGAAAUUUAGUACGGCCUUUUUAUCAAUUUGCAUGUAGAGACUGCCAUUCCAACACGGAUUAUGAUUUAUGGGAAAAGUUACCUUCCAUCAGUUUUUUGGAUAUUGGAUAUAAUGCUGUGUUUGAGAGACCUUGGGAACCGUUCUUCAUUGCCAGAAAACAAGACAUGCCAUUGUAUGAUGGGAGAUUCAAACAGUAUGGAUUCAACAGAUUUAGUCAGAUUUGCGAGAUGCACAUGUUGGGAUACAGCUUCGCCGUGAUGAACAACGCCUUUGUGAUUCACCGGGGCUUUAAAGAGCCAGAAAGUUUCCAUGAAACUAAAGAUUUAGAACAUCGUCAGAAUGAGUUGGUGUUCAAGGAAUUUGAGGCAGAGCUGAAAUUGCGAUACCAGGGAAGUGGUAGAAAUUGCUGAUUUAUUUGUGGGUGUUGCAAUGAAUUGUUUAUACACCUAACAAGUUGUUAUCAGUUGUAUGGAUCCAACAGAAACGACCCCUACUACCUGCUCUCAAGAUCUGAGGCAGGUCCACAUAUUCAGGCUGAUGACAGGCUAAAACCACAUGAACCACCACCUGUUAAACAUGUUUAAGAUUGGCCAGUCGGGCCAUUCCCCCUGUCAGACACGUGCUACAGUACACUCCUUCCCACUACAGGACAUCCUCAGACCUGGUAGAGGAGACCAUUGCAAAGGGAAGCUUUAUGGCAGUGUAGAGGACCUGCAGUCCUGCGGCUACCUUUGCAAGAGAGCCAACCUGUCCAUCCAAGUGAUCGACACUUAUUACAAGAAGAUUAUCAGCUUUUCUUCAUUUUUCGUUUUAUUUAGCUGUGGAACAUGUCAUCACUAUUUAUUAAUUAAUUGAAGUGAA